AUGGAGACAGUAUCUGUCCCAGCUCUAAGCUGGACCCGAGGCAUACUCAUCCUACUCGUCACAGCACUCUUAAUCCUAUAUUGGUAUAUUCGCAUACCAUCCGAUAUGCCCAAAAAUAUUCCCACAGUUCCUAUCUACAUAUCCCUUAUAGGCCUCUGGAGCGAUAUGGGCCAAGACACAAUCUAUGACCGCUGGCUCCGACCACCUCUCGAGAAGUAUGGUGCCGUUCAAAUUUGGUUCGCGGGCCGAUGGAACGUUCUCGUGACACGGCCAUCGUACCUUGUGGAUAUGUUCCGACAUGAAGAUGUGUACGCGAAAGCGGGGAGCCAGAAGAAGAUCCCGUGGAGUGUCAUUGCGGCACUGGUUGGUGACAAUAUUAUCAAUGCACAUGGGGAGAAUUGGAGGCUUUUUACUUCGAUUAUGAAGCCUGGUUUGCAGAGGCGGAUCACGGAUUCAGGACCGCUGUUGGAGAAGUCGAGGUUAUUUGUUGAUAUUCUGUUAGGUGAACAGCAAAAGGGAGAGGUGGGCGUCCCUGUUAAUGCUAUCAUUCAACGAUGGGCGCUGAGCUGUAUGGGGUUGAAUUUUAUGGGCGUCGAUCUUGAGUCUCUGGAAAAGCCCGGGCAGCGUCUCGAAGAACUGCAGACGAUCAUCAAAAGGACUCUCUUCAAGCCUCUCUUCUUCAACUUCCCUGACCUGGACAAAUUCCCUUCUCUGUUCCCCCAGCGGAAGGUGGCAUUCGCAAUCAUGCAAGAAUUUGGCGAUCUUCUUUGCGAGACCGUCCGAAAACGCGCACCAGCAACCCACGAAGGUAAUGGUACGGAGCAAGUAGUUGACCUACUCGAUCGUGCUCUCAAAGAAGGAAAAAUCACUGAAGAACAAUACCGCAAUAACCUCAAAGUCACUUUCCUAACCGCCCACGAAAACGCACAGCAGCUCCUGAACUCCGCCUUCUGGGAACUGGGCAAUAACCAACCCAUUCAGAACAAGCUCCGAGCCGAGAUCCUCGCCAUGGACAUGCUCAACCCCUCAACUGAGGACGUGAACUCAAUGCCCUACCUAUUCGCUGUCGUCCUCGAGCUUCUCCGCCUUUAUCCCCCAGUCUCCCAACUCAUCAAUCGAGUUACAACGUCCAAGGCCGUUAUAGGUGGCGACAUCGUGAUCCCAAACCACACAUGGGUAGGUUGGAAUGCGUUCGGUGUACACACAGACACACAAAUAUGGGGUCCCACAGCCCGAGAAUUCAUCCCAGAGCGCUGGGGAAGCGAUGUGAAAACGAUUCAAAAUGCAGUCCGUAGCAAAACGACGCAGUGCCACUUCAUUGCAUUCAAUGCACACUCUCGGAAAUGCCUUGGCCAAGGCUUUGCGGUCCUGCAGAUGAAGAUCCUGCUAUUCGAGAUGGUCCGGCGAAUCGAGUGGACGGUUGAUCCAACCUAUGAACUGAAAUUGACAUCGGGUGGGAUAUUAGCGCCAUUGAUGCUUCGCGUGAUCCUGCAAGAGAGGAAAUGA